AUGUCUUAUGAGAAAUGGUUGGACAUAAGGAAGUCCGUACCAGAAGAGGUUGAAAUAUGUAUCGUUACGAAGUAUAAGCCGCUGAAUGCAAUGGUCAGAUUGUUCAAGGAUAUAUUACAUGAGCAUCCCGGUUCUAGUGUGUUAUUCGGCGAGAAUUACCAGACGGAGAUAAUCGAUAAAAUUGCUGCUUUAAAUGCGGCUAUCCAGCGGGUGUCAUGGAAGCGGGCGACUGAUGGGUCGGCACCACGAGGGUCAUCAACACCAGAGUUGUUGGAUGCCGAAGCUUGUCGCACGGAUCGUGCAUCCCCUGAAUCUGGACCGGACCAGCCUGGACCGGACCAGUCUGGACCGGACCAGUCUGGACCGGACCAGUCUGGACCGGACCAGUCUGGACGGGACCAGUCUGGGCAAGAAGACUUGGAUAACAUGAUUGACCAGCUACUUGGCCUAGAUUCUAACUUCAUGGAUAAGUUCCGUAUCAGCAUUAUAGGGCACCUUCAGCGGAAUAAGCUAUCUAAGAUGUUUCGAGAAGAUGAACGAUUUCGAUUCAUUCAACGAAUUGAAAGUCUUGACUCAAAGCGGACAGCGGAUGCGUUACAGAGUGAACUGGGAAGAGGUAAUACGGGAACGAGGAUGAUUGAAGUUUUCAUUCAAGUCAAUAUAUCCAAUGAGCCCCAAAAGUCUGGGAUUCACCCUGCUGAUGUCGAAAUGCUUGGUGCAUACAUAGAUGCUGAGUGUCCCUGUCUCGAUUGGAGAGGUCUGAUGUGUAUUGCUAGUCAAAACGAUCCAGAAAAGGAUUUCAUGGCAAUGAAAGUAUUGCGUGACAAGCUUUCCGUGAAUAGAAGAAAUUAUCAUCUCAAAUUGUCAAUGGGAAUGUCCGCUGAUCAACAUGUAGCGAUAAAAUAUGAGACCGAUGAGAUUCGAAUAGGUACCUCUAUUAUGGGUUCCAGGUAA